UCUCUCUCUAGUUUUUGAUACUCCUCGUUUUCUCUCGUCAGAAUCUCGUCAGUUCUUGUCGUAUGGAUCCUCGCUGCUCUUCUCGUCUCAGACCGGAGUAACUUUCUUCUUCUUCUUCCUCUUCCUCCUCCUCCUCUUCUUCCUCAGCGCUGAGUCUCACCGAUGGAGGAAAGAACUCAAGAAGUGAAGGAUUCUCCGUUCUCCAUCCAGAACCUGCUCCGGAAGGCGGACGAGCCCCGGACGCGCGUGACUCUGCUGCGCUUCGGAUCCUGGAGCUGUGCACGCGCACCGAACACCGUCGCAGCAGAGGGGGCCCGGGGCCCCGCGGAGACUCAGGACCCGGAUCCUAAGGACUCGGACUCGGAGCUUCUGCUGGACUCGGACUCGGACGAGCAGAAGACGGAGGAGAGCUCCCAGAAGAAGCUGUGCCGCAAGAAGAAGACCAGGACCGUGUUCUCCCGCGCUCAGGUGUUCCAGCUGGAGUCCACCUUCGACCUGAAGCGCUACCUGAGCAGCUCGGAGCGCGCGGGACUGGCGGCGGCGCUGCACCUGAGCGAGACGCAGGUCAAGAUCUGGUUCCAGAACCGCAGGAACAAGUGGAAGAGACAGAUCGCCGCCGAGCUGGAGGCCGCCAGCCUCGGACACGCGCAGAGGAUCGUGCGCGUGCCCGUCCUCUACCACGAGCACGCGGAGAGCGCGCGCGCCCCCGCCGCCCUGGCCUUCGCGCACGCGCUGUAUUACCCGCACGCGCUGAGACUGACCUGAACUAACUAACUAACUGACUAACUAACCCGUCAGAGAGUGGACCACCCGACCCAGGAGCUAACUCUUCACAGACUGACCGGCCCUGAACUCAGAGUCUGUAGAAACACAAAGCUAUUAUUUUUAUGAUUAAAGAAAGUCUUGCUUUGCUGAGAAAGCGCGCUCGAUUCCUCGGAUCACAGGUGCAGCUGUGUUUUUUCCUCUCCGUUCCGUAAAGAUGUGUUUAAAGGUCAGUCAGUGUUUGUCAGUAAAACAAGGAAAUGCUGGAAAAACCCAUGAUUUCUGUAUAUUUUAAUCCCGCUGUAAGAUCUUUCUCUCGUUCAGGACUAUACCGGAAUAUGUCUUUCUUUCUCCGCGUGUUCAUGCACUAGUAAAUAUAUUUUAUUGUCUGACAAACGUCUGAAAUGUUUGUGAAAUAAUCGGUGAAUGUUUGGAUGUUUUAGAGGAUUUUUACAUGAUCAUAAAUGAAUGUUCAUUAUUGAAUGUGUUUGUGAUUCUGAAGAUGUUCUCGGAGUGACUUAAUAAAGCGCUUCUAAUUAUGAA